AAACUCGAGAGGUCAGAGACAAUUAACUGUCAGUUGCUUUUUUUAAAGGCAGCGCAUCACGCCCCAAGACUUAAAAUAUGGGAUAAAAUUCGAGAGCCCGUGGCGGACGUAAAAUCACUCACAUGACCGGUAAAACGACUUGUGUUUAUUAAGGGCUAUUUACACUGCGGUUCUCCGGACGGUUAGCGAUCUGGAAUUAAGUAAAUGAGGCUUCCGACGGCGCCGACAGAUUCGGCACGUCCCCCGACCGGAAGUGCAGACUGAAGGUCAUUAUCUCAACAGACGGUCGCAGAAGUUAACUCUGAAGGAAGUUUUAAACUUACUGGUAAGAAAUCAGGCCUGCCUGGAGACUCAAGCAAAGGCUGGACAACUUCAUUUCCAGAACAGAAAGGAAACUCAUGCAUCAGAAAAGGUGACUAAUAAACAUAUCAAAAGAAUAUGGCCGCACAAAUACCAGAAUCUGAUCAGAUAAAACAGUUUAAAGAAUUCCUGGGAACCUACAAUAAACUUACAGAAACCUGCUUUUUGGACUGUGUUAAAGACUUCACAACAAGAGAUGUAAAACCUGAAGAGAUCACCUGUUCGGAACAUUGCUUACAGAAAUAUUUAAAAAUGACACAAAGAAUAUCUAUGAGAUUUCAGGAAUAUCAUAUUCAGCAGAAUGAAGCCCUAGCAGCCAAAGCAGGACUCCUGGGCCAGCCGCGAUAGGGAAGUCCCAGUGGAUGGACUUCAAUGAAACAUUGCCAACAGUCGUUGCACUGGAAAUGAGGAUUCAUCUCAUAGAAUCCUCUGAAAGCAGUAAGCACCCUGUAAAGCUGUCUGUGGUGGCUACUUGGCAAAUUGAAACCACUGGAGAAACAAAAACAUUGUUCCCCAGAAAUAAUCAAAAAAGAGAAGGUCAUUGUUCAGUGAACAUAGUAAGAUGUAACAUUUGUUGAAGUCUUAAGAUUUACGGGUUGGUCACUUUGGUUAGAAAAAUAAACCAUUGUUUCUUCAUUCGUGACUGUUAAUUUUAAAGUAAAAUAUGUGUCCAAUCAUGUAUAAGGUAGAAAAAAUUUUUAUUACUAAAAGUAAAAUAAAUGGAAGUAUCACU